AUGGCGAAAGGCGUGGAGAACCAAAAGCGCAAGAGAGUGCUGGUGGUUGGCGCCGGGGCCGCAGGCAUGUCUUGCGCCCAUCACCUUGCCAAUCACCCAGACAAAUUCGAUGUGACUGUCGUGGAUGCUGUGAAUCACUGCGGUGGCCAAGCUUACAGUAUUCCUCUUGAUAAAGAGAAGACAGGAGCAUCAUGGCUCAAUCAAGGCGUGCAAGGUGGUUCAUACAUCUUUCACCACACAAUGACCAUGUUCGCCCGCAACGGUUACUUCGCGGACCCCGUCAAGUUACAGGUCUCCUUCGGCAAGGGUGACCAAUUCUGGACGAACGUAUUUCCUACGAAGAUGCUGGAGAAGCAUGCCGGUGAGGUCAGGCGCUUCUAUUACAUGAUCAAGGUUGCGCGCUGGUUCGAGCUGAUCUUCGCCCUCAUGCCGAUCAAGUACCUGGUCUGGCUAUGGAGGUUCAGCUCGGAGUUUGCGAACAUCGUUGCGUUGCCAAUGGUGGCUUUGUUCUUGGGCACUGGCAACUAUGCGCCUGAGGUGCCUUCGAUUAUGCUGGAGAGGCUGGUAACGAGUCCGACGUAUGGCAUGUGGUACCCACCCGACAAGGCAAGCGUGGCGUCGAAUCUGCCUCCCAUGGUAGUCUUUCCGAACUUCAGCGACUUCUACGAGACAUGGCGCAAGAACCUCGUCAAACGUGGCGUCAAGGUACGCCUCUCAACGGAAGUCACACGCAUCACAAAGCGAGGCAAGUCUGGAGUGCAGGUUAAGAUCAUUUCGCGAACCCCAGUCAAGGACAACCACAAUCCAGAUUCUGCCUGGGUCCCAAACACCGUCGAGGGGUCGAACGCGGAUGCCGACGCGGUUGAAACGACCGAGGAGUACGACGAGAUUGUUCUCUGUACACUCACCGACACGGCAAAACGUCUGCUGAAGCCGACAAUCACGACAGUCGAGAGCAAGGUGUUGGGAUCUGCAAAGUUUGCCAACGACAUUACUGUCACCCAUCAAGACAUUGACUACAUGAAGCGACACUACGAAAACUUCUACUCAGACGAGUUUGCCGUGAAGAAGCUCAACGGCGUCGACCAGACUGCUCGUUGCGACUUCGCAAAAGAGCAAUUUAAAGCCAUGUACCUUAUCCGAAUGUACCCGCAGGACUUGACGAAGCUGGAGAUGUGUUUCGACUGCACUAACUAUCAGUCGCAAUUCCCGCCCAGCGUACCAUUCGAAAAGCACGUGUUCCAGACCAUCUUCCUCAACAAGGACCGAGAUGGCCACUUGUGGACCAUCGACGAGAUCGACGAGAGCAAGAUCAUCCGAAAAGACUGGUGGCAUCAGCUCUGCCAUAGCUGGACACACUAUCUUUUUGUCGUUCCGUGGAUGUGGCUGCUGCAGGGCAAGCGCCACACUCGCUAUGCAGCUGCCUGGACCAUGAUCAACGCCCAUGAAGUAGCAUGCAUCUCUGGAAUUACUGCGGCUGUCGACCUAGGCGCCGACUAUCCUGAUGAUCUUGAGCGAGAUUACUUUGCAUUCCUAGCGUUCAGACUGUACUACUUACUGUCGUACGGACGGUGGUACCGUAGGAGGGCUACUAAGUACUCGAAAGAAGGCGAAGGGAAGAACUGGGCGUGCGGGAAUAAGUGGGGUAGUGUUUACAACGGCCCCGGAGUCAAUGCUACCGAAGAGCGCAAGAUCUGGAGGCAAGAAGUGGAGGCCGGAAGGAGCACGGAAAACAUGAUGUAA